UCACCGAACAAAUGCCGAAGCAUUACGCUGCCAGAACUCGACGAGUAAGGACGGGCGUACGACUCUUAGCAAAAGCUCAAACCACCGAUCCGCGAAGGAAUCGUACAUUCUUGGUUGGAAGUUUUUUUUGUGUGCCCUUGCAUCGAAAGUGCGUAGUGAAGACAUCAGUGGUGUAGCCUGCGCGCGAGGAAGGUGUACUUUGCUGAAUAAGGCAAACACAAAAAUUAUCCUUUUUUCCGAGUGUGUGUGUAUGUGAAGACGAGCAAAAAGGUUGAGAAUUUUGUGAAAAUUAAGAAAAGAAAAUUGAAACCGUAUUUUACUGGUUUUCAAACAUUGCUGCCUGCCUGGACACACUACAACCCUGUCGAACGAAAGAGAAAGCGAUACUACAGUUGGAAGCGACACAAACGAGAAGGCGCUAGCCGCGUAUGCUGUGAGAGCGUGCGAAAGUGGCAGUGCAUACAUGCGCAACCGGGACGGCACGCUUGAGAAUAUGGCGACUGUGGAAAAAAUACAUCCAGUGUUUAGUGCAAAGCUGAUUGUUUCUAGUGAACGUUUCUAGUGAGGGAAGUGUUGCUCAAUUGGGGGUUUUGUGCGUAAAGAACAUUAGGUGUGCCGUGCGAUCAUUGUAGUACAAAAUGUCGAUUGAACAUAGUAUGGAACAGGUAGAAAAUAUGUCUUUUUCCCGGCAGUGCGACGAAAUCGACCUACUCGCCGACCAGUCCGCGAUGUUGACUGGAGGCUGCGAACCAGACGCAAUCCAUUCGCCGAACGCAGCAACCGACGCGGCAGUUCAUGCGAUUGCCGCCACGAACGAUGGCGGCGCUAGUGUUACCGAAGAUGGACGACCGUUGGAUGGUCGCUGCUUGGUUUCGCGCCAGGAUUCAAACGAAUCACCGGUAGCAACGAGACCAGUCACCGAUAACAACCAUGGAAAAGGGAACGAUGAACAGGAACGACCCGGUGUGGUGGGCAGCAAUCAAGGCAACAGCACGGUAGCGGCCAGCAUUAGCAAUCGUAUUGCGGAGGGACGGUGCCGGCGUAAAAACCGUCGCCGUAAGUCGAACCGUGGCAAAUCGAGUUCAAAUCGACCUUACAGCAAGACCAAUUGGAAGUUUCAGUACCCUGCAGGGCAAGGUGUGCGCCAGGGAGGUCAGGGUGGUCAGGGUGGUGGUGGUGCCGAACCCAGUGCCGGGAUGCAGGGUGGUGGUAAAAUAAAUCACAACAAGCGGCGCCAUCUGUACUCGGUCGCGGCUUCCCGCCGGAUAACACCGUUCCUGAAAUCCGAUCAGCCACCGUUAGUGCCAUACAAUACCAACCGCUUCCUGAUGGAGGACCACAUGCCGCAAGUGCUGACCCCGUCAGGUAGAACGCGCGAUUCUAGUUUUUCGAUAGAUUCAGAAGAAAAUUAUUUUUACUCACUCCCAGAGGAUGAAGAGGAUUUCCUUACCAAGGAGUUCUCCAGCGUGUACGAGCGGGAACGGUUCGAUCAGCUGGAAAGCCUGAGCCAUCCCGACCUUGUCCAAGAGUAUAUUAAGCUAGCGGUGGAAUACGAGCAGACGGUACGUCGCAGCGGUGCGAACGGCGGUGGUGCUGGUGGUGGCAACGGAGGCGAUUGUGACGUUGGUGGAAACAUGGCAAAGGUAGUGGCGGGCAAUGAUGGCGAACGUGGUGAUGAUGGCAGUGGAUCUCGGAAUAGACUGUUGGAAGAGCGUGUGAAGGUGUUGGAGCGGGAAAAUUUGGACCUGCGCCGUCAGCUAGAGUAUGCCACUCGAAUGGGUUUUCUAAUGCCUAGGUCGUCACCACGCUAUGGCGUGGCGACUAGCACAGCUGUUGAAAGGAUGGAAGUGGCUGAACAUCAGCAACGUGUACAGCUGGACAGCAGCACAAGCGAAGAUAGCGAAUCAGACAGCUCGAGCACCAGCUCAAGCAGCAGCAGUAGCAGCAGUUCCAGCAGUAGCAGCAGCAUGAGCGACGACGACAACGUCGAUGAACCAAUGGGCAUGGAUCUGAUGGCAGAAGCGGGCCGCAAUUACGAUGCUCGAUUGAUGAACGGUGUUGCGAAUCGUUCUGCCUUAUCGUCGCCGGUAAUGAACGGCGGCGAAAGUCCUUGCCCGAAUGGUGGUCACGCCAGUGAUGCAGAGCAGCAGCAAGACGAUGAGGAAGAACUGUUGCUGAACGGUGCUGAUGAGCUUUCACCAUCCCCGAGGCCAUCGCUUGCGGUGGAGUAAGGAGAAAAUUCCGUCUGUGAGGUGUUACACGACAGGACCGACCGGGGUGUCAAAUCCCAUCCGGACCGUACGCAGAGGACUGACUAUCUCGCCACGGGUAGGAAAGCCAGAAAAAUGGCAGGCCAAGAACCUCCUGAGGUUUGUAGUGCCACAAAAGAAGUAGCGUAAGCAAGCGGGAAGCCAAAGGCUUGCGUGAUUGCGACAUUGCUUAGCGUUUAGGUGGUUCCCUGGGAUAUGAACCAAAUGUUAGUUUUUAGCUUGCUUUAUUUCCACUCCCGAUCGUAGCAUUACUUCUUCUGCAAUUGAUACACCCGCGCGUUCGAAGUUUAACCAAAAACCUUAUCGAAAUAUACUCAAUAUUUGAGAAUGAUGAUACACAAUGGCGGAAGACCAUUAGAUCGGAAGCAAACGAUGGGUUAUGAUGGUGUAGUGCUUGAUUUGUACGGUUUCGUUUUACUUAUUAAUCUAUGACUUUAUCAUUUUGUGUGAUGGUAUAAGCGUAUGACGACGGAUAACCGGGUGCGUAUUGCGUGCGUUACUUAGAACACAACAACACAAUGGCACACGGUGCACGAGAAUCAAACAAGCUUGGCAUUAUUAUUGCGAAAUUGCGAUCAAUUGCAGAAAGCGAACAUGUAAAAAGCGGAAUUCUUUCGCGAUGCGUCGAUUGAAACAAAUUGUAGACAAGAAAAAAGCAAACAGAAAAUAAUAAAAAAAACCGGAAAACCUUUUUAUUGUAAAAUCAGCAAAAACUAUGCAAUUAUGUAUGUAUGUGUGUGUGUGUGUGUGUGAACAGUAGAAAUCGAUUGUUUUGAAAUCGAGGCCCCAAAGGACAGGGCAGACAUAAGGAAAACAUAAUAUCCAGAAUGGGAGAUAUUUUACAAAAUAAUGUAAACCGUAUAUACGUAGCGCAUAAUUUACAUUGUACAACUAUAUAUAAUAUAACAAAAACCAAUGCGACAAUGCAAAUGAUAUGUGAUUUCUUCUUUUCUCUAUGCCCUUAUAUGCCGGGACGAUAAGCGCUGUUCGUGAUUGAAGUGAAACAAAAAGGAAAAUAAAGCAUAAAACAAAAAAAAGCGAAUACGAUAGAACAGCUGAAGAGCGCCACAGUCUUUGUUGAUCAAUCAAGUCCAAGUUGGUAAACGUUGGGCAAGCGAGAUCGGGUGAUCAAUGUGAUUCGAUAAUAAAAUAAGAUUACGAUGAACGGGUUUAAAACACGCCACAAAUGAGAUGUAGUAUGUAACUGUUAUUAUAUUGCCGUCGAAUGGACGGAAACGGAUGAUGGUUCAUCUGCCAUCAGUCAGUAUCUAUAUCUAACGAUGCAGGCUGCAACGAUGCGCUUAAUGGAGGAAGACUCUUGAACUCGGUGGCAAGAGAGACCAGCAAAACAAAAAAGGAAAAAAAAUAUGUGUUCCGACCCCGGAGCAUACUUGUGAUGUUGUGUCCAAACUAUAUAGAAGCGCGUGUACUAACCCAAUUGCGGCAAUUGAUUGGGAUGAAAGCGCACCUGGUAAAGGAUUUAGGUAUUUAUGGCCAGAAGGAGAAAUAUUCGUGCAGGAUAUUAUACUACGUUACUAUUAUAAACGAUUAUACAACACAAGAACGUUAUUGUCCGCUUUUGAGGAGAUGAAAAAGGAGGGAACAAGAAAGACGAAUGUGUAUCAUCUAGACGCGCGAAUAUCCCGAGAUGUUUUGGAACGGAGGAAAGUAAAUGGAAAAUGACGCUUAUCUUUUCGAAGCUCGAAACUACAUUAGUGUGUAACAACGUGUGCCGGUGACGUAUGUAUAUGACCAUAAUGGGUUAAGAUGAUUAAAGAAAAAUACUACUAGUGAUAGGGCGAACCAGACGUGUGUAUAGUCAGUAGUGUAGGAACGGUGACCCGCAAAGUCUCGAUUGCAUUUGCUAUUGCAGCUUGUAUGUGACAAAGGCAAGCAGUGAUUCUUUCCAUUCCCAUUCCACAGCCUGGAUGGGACUGGCUGGAGUACCUGCACAUUUGUUUUCGUGUGUGCGGUAUGUUUCUGUUGUUACUGAAAGACGUCGAGGCGAAAUAAAGUAAAGUCGACUACUUAUUUUAAA